AUGCAAUCAGUUAUUUAGGUCUGAAAUUACGACGUAUAUGGCAAGGCUGUACAUGAUAUGAUGUUUUAAUUUAGAUACAUUUCCGGUCAUUGUCGGAAUUCUGAACAAGUGGACAAAUUACAUACAUGGAUGGCAACCGCGAUAUUUCGUCCUACGGGGAGGAACAUUGGCUUACUACAGGUCUGAAGUAGAGACUGCGUUUGGUUGUCGCGGCGCGGUCUCGAUUCCGAAAGUAUCCGUACAGGCUCAUGAAUUUGACGAGUGUCGAAUCGACAUUUCUGUCAACGACUGCAUCUGGUAUCUUCGAACCAACGACCCAUCGGAACGCCAGAAAUGGCUGGAUGCACAGGACCCUCUUUGUCUGUCGUAUUUUGUUACAGUUAACGCAUUUUUUAAGAACGGCCGAAAUUUAAAAGAAAAGCUGGCAGAAAUCGAAACAUAUCGAGACAUCGUGUUGAGGCAGAUCGAAUCGUUGCAGUUCUAUUUCGAUAUGUUCGCCAAUGGUCCAUCGGCGACACCAUACCAGCUGCGUCGCGAACAAGAAGAGAAGGUAAUCCACGACACCGACGAUUUUGACGAUGUGGAUCAGGCGUUCACCCGUGACAGAUUACGCUCGGCAUUAAGUUGCCCUCCUACUAUAAGUCCGUCAUUUGGUGAAACAGGACGAGAUUUUCUAAUUCGUGGUGACGCAGAAGAGUUUCCUGCGAAACCGUCUGCUAUGUCCUCAUCACCGAUCGCAUUCGAACAGUGGAUCGACUUCAAGAGCGAAGCUAUCACUUUCCGAGAAACUACUGCCGGCAUCAUAUCGCUGUUGCAGCAUUGCAUGGAGAUGAUACAACAGCACGAUGAAUUAUGGAAAAAGAAGUUGGACCGAGAAACAGAAAAGCGGAAGCGUUAUGAGGAAAGCUACCGCCAUUUAGCCGCUGAACUGUACAAGUUACAGACUCAGAAGUCGAUCGUUGUUUACGGAGGCCCUGAUUACGAAGUGUGUAUGUUUUAUUUUUGUCCACUGUUAGCCCAUUUAACCAUUUUUCAUUACCUAUUUAAGUUUAACGUAAGAUAACU